AUGGUCAUGGCGCUGGCGCUGGCCCUGCCACUGGGCCUGUCGAUCGCGCUGGACAACCUCAAGCAGUUCGCCGGCAGCGUGCAAGCAGAACUGCGCGAUGCUGGCCUGGGCGAGGCGAUCGACGCGCUCAACGACAACCCGCUGCCCUCGCUGCUGGUGAUCACCCCGGGCCAGGGCAAGGACGAUGCGCGCCUGGCACGUGCGCUGGAAAGCCUGCCCGAGGCCGACCUGGUGCAGCACGAUGCGCUGUGGCGCCAGCGCCUGGAUGCCUGGCUGGCGUUCGGGGCACGGCUGGUACAGGUGCUGUCGGUGCUGCUCGGCGCCGGAGCCGCGCUGGUGGUCGGCAACACCUUGCUUGGUGCCAGCGACGGCUUCAUCCGCCGUCCGUUCCUGUACCUGGGCGCCUGGUACGGCCUCGGUGCCGGUGCGGUGGCGCUGGCCCUGAUCGCCGCCGCCGGCGCCGCACUGCGCAUGCCGCUGGCCGAACUCUCGCGCAGCUACGGCAGCCCGUUCGUGCUGCAUGGCCUGGACCUGCUGCAUGGGGGCCUGGUCCUGCUCGGCACGCUGCUGCUGGGCUGGCUGGGGGCCUGGCUGGUCACCGGCCACUUCCUCCGCCAGACCCGUCCGACCGACACCUGA